ACCUCCAGAGAACACCCCCGUGACCCCAAAUACUGGCUGGCUGGGUGGAGGGGUAGCCUGGCACUCUUCCAUGUACCUGCUGCCGCUUUAUGCCCCGGUGACGGGUGAAUUCUGCUUUUCUGUCCGGUGCUAUGGAAAAUGAAAGAUCGCUACUGGUUUUGUUUCUGUCUCGUGUAGAUGCUUUCCUCGCUUAACCAAACAAUUUCCCUUUCUGUUAGGUAUCCCCACACUUCCAUGAGAGACGCGAUUCUUAAAUCCAAGCUCUCCCCCCCCGCACGCCCCGCUGCCCAGUCCUAGACCUGGUGUCGGUGAGAGCACCAGAUGUUCGUGCAUUUACUCUUAAUUGCUCCUUCUGUCAAAGUACCGAAGAACCGGCCAUUCAGCAGGAUUGUGCCCUCUUCUGAGUAUUGCAUUUCUUUUGCUAACCCCCUCAUUUUGGACUGGAGAUUCUAGGAUGACCUGUAAGACAGUUUCUUUUCUUAGGACUCUUUGGUUAUGGUGUCUCUGUGUAUCUUUUCGCAUAAGUAGGGCCAGGAGAUAGAAGGUUUGGUGACAUGGCUAAUUCCAGGGUCCCGCUACUCUCCAGAAUGGGCCUGCCGACCUGGAACAAAAGUCCUCUGUGUUGAAUGUGUGCUUGGCAAGCAUGUUGGCUACUAGAAAUCCCCCAUCUCCUGUGAGGCUGUUUGCAUAGUUUAGCAAUUUCUAAUGAUAGCCUUCCUGUGGGUUUGCUACUAAAUGGGAAUUUUAGGUGUUAAAUCAAUCAAGUAUUAGCUGUAGCCAGUAAGCAGCUUGUCUCUAUGAAAAAAGGAACCUUUCAAAAAAGUUUUUUUGUGGCAGGCAUGUGGGAAGGAUGCAUCAAAGAAGAGAGAUGAUAGUCCCCCUGACGAGCUGUGAUAAUAAGUCACAGUUAAAAUCCAUCAUUGCAAUGUAUUGUUCACAACUGUACGAAGUCUCAAGCCCCUGACACUGCAGUGGCUCAUGAUGCCAGGUUACCUUUGGCUUCUGAGCCUCUACAGAGUCCUCAUUUCAACUUAUGCUGAAUGCUGGCAUUGUUGGAAUUGUCCAUACCUGAGAGAUGCACAGUUUUUCCUGCCUCUGUCCCAUAACCCUCCCCUCCAUCCAUUCCUAUUUUUAUGAUCUUUGUCAGGGCGUUAAUUACUUAAAUCUUGCUUUUUCAAGGCUAGGAAUACUUCCUGGACACUUCCUUUGUCUUCCCUAUAUUCACUGCAGGACUUCUCCAGUUAUUAUGAGUUUGAUUUAUACUGAAUCUCUAGCCAGUGUUGGGGUGAGAGGUGAAUUGAGAGACUGAAACAGGAUUGCCCAAGUGUAGUUUACUGCCUGAGGCAAAAGACUAGCUGUGUUUCUCUCCAUGUACUGAAUCUGAGUGAACUGGCUGUUAAAAGCAGGGCCCUGAAGAUAAGACAUACGUAAAUAUUAAUGCAUUCAGCUUAGACUUUAAGUAAAUAUACAAAUUGAGAAAGGGGACGCACUGAGUAGCUCUGCCUCUGAAAUUAGGCACAUCAUAUGGUCUUUCCCUCUGAUGGCCAUCCAUAGGGAGAAGGGCUUCCUUGCAUGUGUCCCUCACACUUGUUCUGGACACUUGUUCAUAUGCCUGAGGAAAGCGAUGUUCUAUUCCCACAAUGGCCCCAGAGGCCUCUGAGAAGCCCACAGGCAGGACAUGAGUGCCAUCCCAUGUGUGUUUGUCCACAACUGGUAUUCAGAGGCUUAUUGCCUUGGUGGUUAACCAAUACUGUAGUUUAUGAACUAGUGAUCACUGAUAGCUCUAUUCUCGGUUAAUCGGCCUGUUCCCAUUUUGAAGCUCUCCAGAUUGGUAGCCAUCACUACAUCUUGUGGAAGUAAAUUCCAUAGCUUAAUUAUGUGCUGUAUGAAGAAAUACUACAUCUUCUCUGUCAUGAAUCUCCCACCAAUCAGCUUCAAGGAUGACACAGGGUGUUAGUAUUAUGUGAGAGAGGGAAGAAAGUCUUCCUCUUCCUUUUCUUUACACCAUGCAGCUCUGCCAUGUACCUUGCUGAUGUAUGGCCUUUUUGGCUUAUUUUUUAAAAGGUCAGUUUUAUAACCUUUGUCAUAAGGGACUUGCACCAGUUCUUAGAUCACUUUGGUUGUCCAUAUUUUUAAUAGUGAGCAAAGGGAAAUGUUGGACUCCUUAGAACUUUGAUCCAGAAAUGAAACUGACACUCUGCUCCAAGUACUUACCUUUUUAUGCUGUUACACAUUGGUUUGUCUUUCCAUAGUAAGCAGUACCAAGGCCAUUCAGUGUAAGAUUUACUUCGUUAUUUUGAUAAUGUUUGUUUACCCCAGAAGCCCUUCGAUUAUUUUGCUUGCCUGACUGCAGCUUUUCUAGCUCUACAAUAUCCUUUUAAAGGUGUGGUGCCCAGAACUAUACACAACUGUGAUUGUGCACAUAGAUUUGUUUCAAGACAUUAUGAUACUGAUAAUUUUAUUUCCAGUUCUUUAUGUUAUGAUCCCCAGUAUAGCAUUUGAAUUCUUCACAGCAGUGUGCCCAUUGGGUUGGCAUCUUCAUUGAGCUGUUCACUAAGACACUGUCAUAUCUUCCUGGUCAGCCAGCUCAGACCCUGCUAUAAUUCCACUGCUGAAAAUGGCUUGCUUAGAGGGUUCAGGACAGGCUGUACGGCAUGCACAGUAUUGCCCUCCCUGGACCAAACCCAUAAAUGAUAGCGCAUCCAGCUAAAAGCACAAAGUGCCAGUAGCCUGGUGACAGGAGGUAUGUUCCUUUACGACAGACAUCAGCACUGAAGAUUACAAGAACUGCCAAUAUGCUGUGUGGGUAUGAUUAAACUGUUUACUGCAUGAGUGUUGUUUCAUGGGACAAGGUGUGAUAUAAACAAGCCUUAAGUAUUCAUUAUUCAUGGCUAUUAAGUCAAAUCCUUUAAGGGAAGUAUUGCCCAAGAAUUUGCAUGGCACAUGUGAAGAAAGGAAAAAUGCAGUCUGGGAGGAAGUAAAACUAAGGAAUUAAAGAAGGCCAUCUUGUAGUGGAUUCCUAGUACAUCUCAUGCCUGUUGAAUGCCUGAUCUGUGUAUGCUGGGUUUCAGUUUCCUUUGUCUUGUUAAGAUGUGAACCAGCUUACAGUAAGAUAACAGUGGGAUCACCUUCCUUGAUGGAGAUCUUAUUAAAAAACAAGCAAAGCUUAUGCUGUUGGUGCUUGUUUGAUUCCACUGAUAACCAAUGGAAUAUGCAUACCAAUCCAGACUUAAACUGUGUUUUGAGUUAAGUACUAGUGAUUAAACUACAACUUAGGAGUAAAUGUGUAUAAAAUCACCUAAUGCCCAAAUGAAUGGCUAAAUAUUGUUUCUAAAGUGAUCAUAAGAGACCUGCUGGAUCAGACCUAAGGCCUGUCUGGCCCAGCAUUCUGUUUGCACAGUGGACAACCAGAUGUGCCUAGGAAGCAAGCAACCCUACCCUUCUCCUUGCAUUUAGCAGCAGCUGGCAUACAGAGGCACACCUUCUGUGUUACUGAAGAAUACUAUACACCUAUCAUGACUAAUAGCUAUUGAUAACCGAAUCUUUUGUGAAUUUGUCUAAUCUUCUUGGUUGGUAGCCAUCCCUACAGCCUGUGGUAGCAAAUUCCACCAUUUCCACAUUGUGUGAUUUUGUACUUUGCACUUCUUUUCUUUGUCCUGAUCUCCCACCAAUUAGCUUCAUGGGAUGACUGGAGAUUCAUGCAUGCUCUGCCAUGUCUUCAUUACUCACUUUCCCCCCCAAAGUUAGAAAGCCUCAAAUCUUUACCUGUUACCUUUCUUUGUUAGAGGAGUUGCUCCAGCCCCUUGAGCAUGUUGGUCACCCUUUUCUUCACCAGGUGUAGUAACCUGAACAGUACACACUACUCAAACAGUAGUUUCUCCAUAGAUUUACAUAAGGGUAUAAUUGGCAGCUCUCUUUUUGGUUCUUUUUCUAAUUAGUCCAAGAUCAUAUCGUGAAACAUCCAAAGGUCUUUAAGACUGAAGUUUCAAACACACUACAGUUAGCACAGUGAGACAUAGUUCUGAAUAGAUGCAGAGGAUUGCACAGUUAGUAACAGAUUAAGGAUCAAAAAUCAAGUCCUUCAAGCUUCAGUCCUGUGGUACUUAACAGAAAAGGCUUAACCCACAUCAGCAACAGCGGGACACUUUUUAGUUGAGGAUAUUUUAUUACUGCCCUUUCAUACCUAUAUUAGCUGCAUCUCCCAUCAGGAUUAAAAGUUGACAGUCGCUGCCUGGCCUAAAAGAUAUGAGUUCAGUUCAGGGUUAAUGUCUUCAAAAUGUGGGACUGUGAGUAAAAAUGCUGCUUUUGCUAAUUCCUCCUGCAGUGCCCUGCCUGUAAAAUCUUGUUUGAAAUUUAAUGCACCGCUGGUGUGAACUGAACUGAACACUUGCUUGUUGUAGCAAGGCUGAAAAGCCUAGUUUCAUGAGCUUGUCCUUGGUUUAAAAAAAGGAGGAGAUGUGAGAGGGCAGGGCAUCAAUUUCUUGUUUAGAUAAAAGGCCUAUCUCUAUGUGCACAACUGUUUGGAGAGUGCUGUUCAGUUAGAGCAGGGUGCAGUAUCUUAAGCAAAGAUUUGUUCUAGUUCUCCAAACAGAGGUUUUCUCCAUAUUCACCCAGGACAUUUCAUUCUGUUACCUUUAUGACUUGCUCCACACACAGGAGUGUAGAGAACUAAACAUUUUCCAAAAUUCUAGGACAACCUAGGCAUUUUGAUCAUUCCAAGAGCAGCUGGUAUUUUAAUUAUAUUACCCCCUUUUUUUGCCUCAGCUUUACUUGCUGCGUGCUCAUAUUCAGGUUCAGUUUAAAAUGUUCUUACCACCCUUUACACUGAAAGACCACCUACAUUUAUAUCUCUUUGCCUGACCCUUACGUUUGGCACGUGACGUGGUGCUUUAUGAAUUUCCCUACAGCAGGCAUUAUCAGAUAGUGCUCUAUCUGUUGGCUUUUAGGAGAGUCCUAAAGCGUGCAGCCCUAUUCCCCCUGCAGCAACCCCAUGAGCAAGACCCUUUCCCUGUUCUUGGGAAGGGACUGGAGCAGCCCACUCCUGACUUAGUCCACUGUGGUGCUGAGGAAGGUUCUCUACUCCCCCACUGCCCACCGAGUGUAUCUGCAUGUGCACAGCUCUUCCUAGCUGCUCAGACCCCCAUGGACAUUUUUAUUAAAUGAGAAGUAUUAUUAUUAUUAUUAUUAUUAUUAUUAUUAUUAUUAUUAUUAUACUGCUCCACAGCCAAAGAUCUCUGGGAGGUUUACACAAUCAUAAACACAAAUGAUAAAAAUGCAAUAAAAUGUCAGAAAUAUAAAAACAAUAUAAACAGGUAAUAAAACAGGUAAUAAAGACAAACAGUAUGAAGAAUGACAACAGGGACUCUGCAACUUGGUAAUCCUCUUGAGCCCCUGGGUGGCUGAGUAAGUCCUUAAAAGCCUCAGAAAAGAGGCUUUUCUUAACCUGGCACUGAAGAGGUGACAGAUUUGGCGCUAGCUGGGCUGCAAUGGAGAGGUUAUUUUGUAGAUGGGGGCUGCCGCCAAGGACGCCCUCCCCCUGAUAGCCACCUUCCACACUGCCUUUGGAGUUAGCACUCAGAAGAUGAAAGUAGUGCCCAAGUAGCUCACAGUUGGGAGAGAGAGUCUGAUAGGUAUUGUGGUUCUAAGCUGUGUAGGGUAAUAAAUAGUUUUGCUAUGAUUCUCCUUUCUCUUGCCAUGUAAUUUUGCUCUGUCUCCGUUUCCAAAAGCAAACAGGGAGACAGACACAUCAUUUGGCCAAUGGGAAUGGAGUGGUAGUGGGUGUAGUCGAGACUGAGGCCUCUCUUGCCAGGAGAGUCUAUGGAAUUUCUGUACCAGCAGUGGUGAAAUUGCAAUCCUAGGUCCAGACAACCAGGGAAACCAUGGUGAAAUAUGAAAACCUUAGAACAUCUGUGGUUAUAGAAAACUAAUCCUACCACUCUAGAAGCAAAUAGAAUAAGAGUUGGAAUGGGCCUAUAGGGCCAUUGAGCUGUCAGUUGAAAAGCACAGGGCUGAAAGGGGUUUUUGGCUAAAAAGGAUGUGCUGAGUAUACAUACCUUUCAGGUAUGAUCAUCUGGUUUUCAAGUUCUUCCAUAACAGUUUUCAGUGUCUUCCAUCUUUGCCAUAGUUUCUCAAGGGGAGAUCUACCAUGUUACCUGCUUUUCAUGAGCACUUCCUUUGGACAGUUGUGAAAAGAAAGUUUGUCUUUUUCAAGACUCCUAUCUGGCAAAUUUCAGCAGUUUUUUUUAAACUAGGAAAUAUAUAACCAUGGAAUUUGUGUGUUUCCCCUCUCCUCUUUACCCACAAAAGAGCUCAAAUUUGCCAGAUUGCUUUUGAUAAAAUUUACCUGUGAUAUAGAACCUCUAGAAUGCAGAGUGCUCUUUCUGGAGUACCUAGAGGCUUGGAGAAGUGUGGAAAGGAUUGACAGCACUGGGAGCUGGCAGGACAAUAUUUAAACUCGAGGAAAACACCUGAAAGGGGGAGAAAAAAAUGCUUUGUUACUUAGUUCAUCAAUUGAGAGCUGUUGGGAAUGGGCAUAAUAACCUACAUGUAGCCUCAUUUGGUCAAUAUCUGUGGAUGUUGUCUGCUGUCAAAGCUCAGUAGACACAUCUCAGGACACUGGCCAGGCAAGAUUGCAUAUUUCAGACAACACCCAGAAAGGUCAGAAAAAAUGACUACUGUUUCACUUGCAUACAUUUCUGCUGUCCCAUGCCCCCACCCCAAGGCACUGACAGCUGUCUCCAGAGUGCUCUUUUGGCAUUGGUUGUUACUGGAGAUGUCACUGGUGAGACACUUUUCCCACUCUUGCUAAAUGUCUAACUUACCAUUUCUCAGUAUCUAUGACAGGCCUAGUCUGCUGGGUUCAGACAUUGUGACAACCCGUUGUGGAUUUAGCAAUCCCUAGGACAAGUCACAACUGGGUGACUUGUUGCCCCAAGGCAAGCCAUUCUGCUAGAAGCACUCUGGGUUUGGAUGACACAGCAACUCAUGAUAGCCUGUUGUGUGAACUCAGUUGAUGCCUUUUAUUAGGAUCAACUAGCUAUCAUGACACUAUAAAAAACUAAGUGUCUUAUAAAACUAAGUAAGUUUUAUAGCAUUCUUCAGGUUUUUCAAAAGGAAGUUGAAAGGGAGGAGGGAAAGUGAGAAGGAUGGUGCUGGUAAAAGCACAGCCUGCAAUAGGCUACACCCAGGAAGCACCUUGCAGACUAAAUAUAUGGUGCUCCAUGUAAAAGCUCACAUACUACAACAAAACAACCACAAUGCAGCAGUUAUUCUUGUCUAUUUAAGAAUUUAUGUCUGGCCUUCCCAUGUUUUCACAGGGCAUCUUAAAAAUAAUUAAAAUUACAGUAAAAAAAUAAACACACAAACCUCUGUUUCUAGCACUUAUCAAUACUACCAGGUGCUUUGUAUAUAAUUGCUAGAUUAUAACAUUUAAAUUUACUCUAAUGCUUCUGAUUGUGGACCAGAGCAGUUGCUUUUAGCUUUUUAAAAAGUGUGUAUGUGAAGUUACAUGUAUAGUUUAAUCCUAAGUAGGUGAUCAUGACAACAGUGCUUGAAGACUGCUAUAGUUCUGUUUUAUUUCAAGAAAGACUGCAGUGUGAAGUGUGAUAACAAGGCUAAUUUUCUUUGUGUAAAGGAGCGAGGUGUAAAGAGAGUGGCAUAGCUGGGUAUAGCUUCCUGGCAUACAUUCAGCCUGCAAUCCUGUAUACUUCCCCUACUGUAGCUGCUCAAGCCCUGAUGUUUUUGCCACACUUACUUCCCCAUCAUAUGGGUACAAGCAGCUGCCUUGAAUUGGCCCAGUUCAAAUGUAUGUGUCUGGGGUAAAUAACUCCAGAUAUGCAUACAUCUUCCACUUGUGUGCUCUCUUGUGACUGGUCCUUUCUAUCCUGUCUUCUUGGCACACCCUUAUAAGCCAAGAAGUCUCCAAUUAUAUCUGGUUUCCUGGUUUACAUGUAACAGGAAGCUAUGUUUCUGAACAAGUCAGGAUCUUAAGUCAUCCUGACUUCACAUGACCAUUGUUUUCCUAUUCAGAUAUAUGGCUAACUGAAGGUUUCUGGUUAGUCGCAGCAUGUCAAGGAUUGGAGUGCAGUGUAGUGCAGUGCUUAUUCAUAACUAACAUUAUUAUGCUGAGCUGUUUACAUUCAGAUUGGUCCACGGAGGUCACUAUUGUUCUCCUCAGUCUGGUGUCCUCAAGUUCUGUCCAACAACUUUCAUCAUCCCCAGGCAGCACAGACAUUGCUGGCUAGGAAUAAUGUAGCCCAACACAUCUGGAAGCCAUUGGAUCGGUUGCAGACAGCAGCUCUUCAGGGGUUCAGACAGGAGAAUUUUCCAACUCUGCCCGGAGGUUCUAGGGAUUGGCCUUCUGGAUGCAAAGCAUGUGCUCAACCACUGAGCUCAGCCCUUGCUCUGGUAGCAAAAAUGUCAUUUUACAAGCGGCUCUAUGUUCAGUAUCUUUUGCCAACUGGCUGUGUCUGCAAUGGACACAGAAUUUCACGUACCAUUGAUUAGUAGCAUGAUAUUAUUAAAAUUCUCAGUGUGGGAGCAUAUAACAGAAUUCAAUAUAUGGAUAGGGUAUUCUUAACUCUCAGAAAAGUAGUGACUUGCCAUUGAUUAGGUUACUUAUUACAAGCAUUUUACAUGGCAACCUUAUCUUUUCUUUCAUAUUUAAUAAGAGGUUGCUUAUAAUUACAUAUAAUUGCAGUAGUAAGUAAAAUAGCAUUGUUGCUGAACAUUGUUACUUAAGGAAGACUAUGAGAUUUUUUUUUUAAAGCAUUUUACUGGAGCUUUAAAACUCGUUCAUUUUCAUUGGUUAGCAAUGUAUAAGAAUACUAACAAUGCAUUUUUAAGAUUUAUAAUUUAUAUUGUAUUAAUAGUAUGUAUCAUAAAGUGACAGAACACUCUUUUGAAUAAUUACUUAAGUAUUAUUUAAACUUUAAUUUUGUUUGUCAUUGGUUUACAUCUGGGAUAACCUUCCCUCAUGGAAAAAGCAACCUGAAACUUGUGGCUGUUAUAUGUUACACCUGUAGAUUAGUUGCCUCAUCUUAUUUGAGCUCGUUCUUUUGUACUGAAAGUGGAAGGCCAAUUUCCGAACUCUUGCCUCACCCACCUCAAUAUAUGGCCUGCUGCCAUGCCUUCUUGGCACAGAUGCCACUGCUUCCAUGCCCCUCUGUCACGUCUGGAUUGCCUGCCUGGAGAACCAGGAAACACCCGUUCAGUGGGCUAGAUUUGGUCCACAGCGUCACUAAGAUGCUGACUGUCACCUCUUCUGCCUCAAGGUUAGGCCACAAAAGGCCUUGCACUUGGGAGCUUGAAAAUUACAGGAAGGGGUUUUUCCUUUAUUUGAGGUUAGGGCUGAAGAAAAUGACAAAGGCUCCCCUGCUGCACACUGCUGCAGAUUUUAAUGGGAGAAAAUUAUGGACUUGAAGCAGACCUUCCUCACCAAACAAAGAGAACUGUGGCAGGAUGUCUCUCUCCUUCUCAAGCUAUGACAACGUCACCUACCCACCUGCCACUACACUAGUGACUACAUUGGACAAUGUGACAUCUGCUCCCCUGACCACAGCACAAGUUUUUAAUGGCAGCAACAUCACCAAACCACACAAGUGCUUGUUGUUAUUGUAUGAAGACAUCGGGACAUCCCGGGUCCGUUAUUGGGACCUUCUGCUGUUGGUCCCCAAUGUGCUUUUCUUUGCGUUUCUGCUCUGGAAGCUGCCUUCUGCCAGAGCCAAAAUCCAUGCCACCUCCAGUCCCAUCUUCACUACUUUCUACAUACUGGUGUUUGUGGUUGCUGUGGUUGGGAUCGCUCGGGCCGUUGUCUCCAUGACAGUCAGUGCUUCUACUGCUGCUACAGUUACUGACAAGAUUCUAUGGGAAAUCACACGCUUCUUCCUUCUGGCCAUUGAACUGAGCAUGGUGAUCCUGGGCCUUGCAUUUGGUCAUUUGGAAAGCAAAUCCAGCGUCAAACGUGUGUUGGCUAUCACCACAGUGCUGUCCUUGGCCUACUCUGUCACCCAGGGAACGCUGGAAAUCCGUUAUCCUGAUGCUAGACUCUCGGCAGAAGACUUCAAUAUUUAUGGCCACGGAGGAAGGCACUUCUGGCUGGCAAGCUCCUGCUUCUUCUUUCUGGUUUAUUCAUUGGUGGUGUUGCUUCCAAAAACUCCCUUGAAGGAUCGUAUUUCUCUGCCAUCAAGGAAGAGUUUCUACGUCUAUGCCGGGAUUCUUGCUGCCCUGAACCUGGUGCAGGGCCUCGGCAGUGCUCUGCUCUGUGCUGGCAUCAUAGAAGGUUUAUGCUGUGUCGAUGCCACCACCUUCCUUUAUUUCAGCUUCUUUGCUCCGCUCAUUUAUGUGGCAUUCCUGAAAAGCUUCUUUGGGUCUGAGCCAAAGAUCCUCUUCUCCUACAAAUGCCAGGUGGAUGAGCCUGAGGAUGUCGAUGUGCACCUCCCACAUGCUUAUGGGGUGGCCAAGAAAGAGGGCAUGGAUUCUAGCUUCUACUCCAGCACCCAGAUUGACACCACAGCCUACUUGGAUGAUGUUGCCUCAAUGCCCUACCAUGUGGGCAGCAUCAACAGCAUUGACAGUGACCGCUGGAAAGCCAUCAACACCUAAUGCAUAUAUGGUCCACUUUGGAGAACAUCUGUCUCCUGCAUCUCACACCUCCAUCACAGUUACCCUUGGGAAACUCCUUAAUGCGUCGUCGUCUUUUCCCUUGAGUUUUUAAACAAUAUAUAUUAAAUUCAGUAAGAAAUUAAAUCAGCAACGAUGGUCUUCCCAGAAGGACAGCACUUACAUCCAGGCUAGAUCAGCUUUAUUUCAAAAGCUCAUAACUGCUGGACCUUCCUAUUCUGGAGCAUUCCAAAUGCACAUGGUUAGACAUGACUUCAGCCCUUGGUCACUGAUAAAGUGCACAUGCAGCCCAAGGAGUUCUGGCUGCUCUGUAGAGCACAUAGGUAACUAUCAGUCCACAAAGUUGGAUGCAAUAUCCACAUUUCUUUUAUUGGGUGUAAUUCCCCUCCACAUUCAUGUUCCCAGCAAACCUAAACUCCCAGCAGUCACAUUAAUGUGGGGAGAAUGACUGUUUCUUAUAUCUUGGACAACUGGUUUGGUGGGAACUGUGCUGUAAAAGAACUACCAAUGCUUGGAGACAGCAUUUAAGAGGGAAUUGCUAAAUGUUCUCAGAAUCCUUCAUAGAGAAGCUGGGAGAAAACUCUAUGAAGUGUGUGUGUGAGUGUGAGUGUGAGUGUGAGUGUGUAAUACAGAUAUGCUGACUAUGACUAUGGUAAGAUGGGCAGGAGAAGUUGCCAGCAGAGAAAGGUCUCUGUGGAACUUGUUGCCGUGCAACUAAACUACUGUGACUGGUUGAUAUGCAGCCAUGAGUUUCAUACACUGAAUAAGGGCUGGAUUUUUAGAAUGAAAACUUAGCCAGGCAAGGGCUACAAAUUAUGAACUGCUAUAUGAUGCUAGCCGAACUCCAGAGCAAAUGGGGCAAAAGGCAGGGGUAGGAAUGAAUAGUUCCAAACAGUGUUCUACGUGAUAGGAUUGGAAGUGGGCAGAAGAACAGUGGGAGUGUUCCAGCAGCUUGUACAUGAGAGAGAUCAGGAGUGGUGCUUGGAAUCACAUUGUGUGGAACACAGGGAUGCUGUGACCAGGAUGUCUAGCUGGCGCAGGGAACAGCUCUUGUGUUUCGUGCCUUAAAUCUAGGCUGAUAACCCUGUCAAGUACACUGUUAGGACCAGACUAUACUUGGUUCAACUUAUCUGGGAGUCAUUCAUCUCUCUGAACUGAAAAGCAGAGUAGGUUGACCUGUUGCAGUGCCACAUAGCUAGCUGUUCUCUUGACCAUGAUGGAGGUAGUAGCUGAAGUUCAUCUGUGGCUUCAGCAGAGUGGAAAAAUUUGAAUACUUUACUAGCAAUAGGGAUGCUCCUGGUAGGAGAAAGAUCUAAUUCAAGAGCUGGCUUCAACCUGUUAGCAGAAGAGGGAGAAUUAGAAGACAAUGAUUAAACUCUACUUUUGAAGUACAUGCGUUUCAUCUGCAUGGCUUAUUCCAUAAUUGGUAGUUUCUCAUUAGCAAAGAAAGUGGGAAAAUGCAAAACAGGGAACACUUGCCCUUGCAUGAAUUGCAGGUACAGUUGUUUGACUAGAGGCUGGAUUGGAAGCAAAUGUUGUCACAGUUCAUUUAAUCUAAAGCUCCAGAUAGUAAAGCUGAGAAGGCAAGAACACCUGAGAAAUACAGAGAUUUCUUAUUUGCUGCUGUUACUAUCCUGGCAUUGAUUUUGUGCCAAAUGUGCUGGAUGCAGAUGACAUCUAGCAGUGAUUCUAUCAGCUUCCAUGAAGAUUCCUUUGAAAUUGAUGCUUUCAAAUAAACAUCCUUAGAACUGAAGUGUAAACAGGAAAAACUCCUUGGUUUUCCUCUCCUUCUUAAUUAACACCCCUUCCUUCUGCUGUUUCAUGAUUUGUGGCCUGAGAGUUCUACUGUUUUGUGAUUUCUGCCUGCCAAGGCACUCCAGGAUUCCUUGAUUUUAAGAAUUUUAAUUUUUUAAAUAAAUAAAUGAAGCAUUUGAUUCUUUGUUUGGGAUAAAUUGUCAGUGGCAGAUUGAUGGGAUUGUGGUGGAAAUCAGCACUUUACCAUUAGUUUUGCUACUGCCCAGAUUUGCCUUUUCUAAGUGUGGGCAAUUUGAAUAAUACCACAAUCAUUCAUUCAGAUAUGCUGCUCUUAGUGUGAUCAUCUCUAUGGUGAGGUGUUUUAUGUAUUAUGUAGCUCAGGCCUCCCUAAUGCUUAUAGUGUUGGCCAAGGGUGGGCCAGUAGAAUUUCACUAUCUCAGAACUGUGCAGAGAGAGAAUUCAGCAAAGCAGCAGUUACGGGAUUUAGGAUGCAACCUUGGUAUUACCUAAUCCAUUGUGAGAACACCCCUGUUCCUCUUACAGCUCCUUGAGUUGUGUUCUGCGAAAGGCAAGGAAAGUUAUCCCCCCUGGAUGCAGAGCAGAAGCAUGAAUGUCAGUGAAGUCAGGAUGUCCAUCCUUCCUCCACCACCCUAGUUUUACUCAACCGAAAUACAAAGUACUCUCCAGAAUGGUGGUUAAAUGCUGUGAACUAGCCAGUAUAUAGAUCCCUGGAAACAAACAAGUAUUAUUACAGUUUGGUACAGAAGCAUUUUAAACACCUAUUCUAGGAAGAGAUGCAAAGAAUGCUGAAUCUGAAGAUGGGUUUCUUGGGUGAUGUGAAUCUGAAUUUGAGUUACUGUUUGCUAACAGCAGUCUAUAUCAAAUGCUGCCCAGUCCUUGAGCUGUGACCAGUUCUCCCAUUCUAGAAUUUUCUUUUUCUCCUACAUCCUAUUUCCUGGCAUUUAAAGCAUCUCCUCUAGGCAUCCCUGAGGAGGUUACUGAGGUGUAUCUGCACUAAGUGAAGGAAUUAUUUCCUUCUGAGCAUUGUCAUUUUAAUGUGUAUUUAAAAUGCCUCCAUGUCAGCAUGCAAUAUGGUCCAUGAGCAGACAAACGUUUGUGUAGGUGUGAACAUGCUGCGCAUGUGAUGUUGGAACAGAAAUUAAAAGCAGAGCAAUGUAUAUUUUUGACUGUACAAUAAAUGAACUUUGACAUAAAUGAAAAUA